CUGGAUUUAGAUGGACUUUUGGAAGACAAAAUAUUAUCAACAAACUCACCUUUUUACCUUCGCUGGAGAUCAAGGGGUUAAAUGAAUGGCAGCUGAAACAGAGUGACUGUUACGGGAUCUUUACCUUGUUCACCCAUGAAGAGCAUCGUCACUUGCAGAUUUCACCUGCUUUAACAAUGUGUGUGGGUGGGAGGAUGGGGGGAGUAAAGAGUGACCAAUAGAUUUCAGUGUUUGCAGCUAUUUUUCAGGCAUCUUCUUCAAUUCUUUGAUAGGAUGUUUUUUAGACACACACUUACAGCAGCAAACAUUUGUAAAGUUAUGGAAUACACAUCCUAUAUGUCCAGGGCUGGCCAAUAGAAAGCAUAUAAAGGUUCUUACUCAAAUCAGUCAGCCAUGGUGCUGGAUGGCAUGGAACUGAUUGCAAUUACUGUAGUCAUUGGCCUUUUUUUUGUCAUGUUCAAGCAGUUUGGUGUCUGGGAGCCCUUGUCAUUAGAUGAGAGUUGUGACUGUGAAUUGGAGCUUUCUACUGUUCGUCACCUACCCGAAGGCUUAGAACAGCUCCAGGCCCAGACCCAGUUUACCAGGAAAGAGCUGCAGUCGCUCUACAGAGGCUUCAAAAAUGAGUGUCCUAGCGGGCUGGUGGAUGAGGAGACGUUCAAGACCAUCUAUUCACAGUUCUUCCCCCAGGGAGAUGCCACCACAUAUGCACAUUUCCUGUUCAACGCUUUUGACAUGGACAGAAAUGGCUCUAUCCGUUUUGAGGACUUUGUGAUUGGCCUAUCUGUACUGCUCAGAGGUUCAGAAACAGAGAAGCUCCAGUGGGCCUUCAAUCUGUAUGAUAUCAACAAGGAUGGCUGCAUCACCAAGGAGGAGAUGUUGGCCAUAAUGACGUCCAUCUAUGACAUGAUGGGCAGGUAUACCUCUCCCAGUGUACGAGAUGAUGACCCAUCUGAGCAUGUGGACAAGUUCUUUCAGAAAAUGGAUCGGAACAGAGACGGGGUGGUGACCAUCGAUGAGUUCAUAGAGACCUGUCAGAAGGAUGAAGAUAUAAUGGCCUCCAUAAAGCUCUUUGAGAAUGUAAUCUAGAUCUAGGACUGGACAGAGAACACAGAUAUAUGUCAAGAUGACCUUUGAUUGAUUCCAAUAGCAGACCCUACAAGCCCCUCCGUACCCUGCCCCUCACCGUUGGAUAAUAGAAGAUUAUUGACACACAUCAAAAUGAGGACAGUAAACAUUUAGCAUGUGGAAUAGGGAAAUGUGACUCUAAACGUUUGACUCCACUAUGUAUGGGAAAACAAUCCCUAAAAAUGGCCCUGCUGACAGUUCUACUUUCCUUUCCUUUUUUUCUCCAAUUUUUACUAACGACAUGCCACUGACUUUGAGUAAAGCCAGAGUGUUUAUGUAUGCGGACGACUCAACACUAUACACGUCAGCUACUACAGCGACUGAAAUGAUUGCAACACUUAACAAAGAGCUGCAGUAAGCUUCAGAGCGGGUGGCAAGUAAUAAGUUAGCCCAAAAUAUUUCUAAAACUAAAAGCAUUGUAUUUGGAGCAAAACACUCACUUGACCCUAAACCUCAACUAAAUCUUGUAAUAAAUAAUGUGGAAAUUGAGCAAGAUGAGAUGACUAAACUGCUUGGAGUAACCCUAGAUUGUAACUUGUCAUGGUCAAAACAUAUUGAUACAGUAGUAGCUAAGAUGGGGAGAAGUCUGUCUUUAAUAAAGCGAUGUUCCGCCUUCUUAACAACACUAUCAACAAGGCAGGUCCUACAGGCCCUAGUUUUGUCGCACCUUGACUACUGUUCAGUCGUGUGGUCAAGUGCCACAAAAUAGGACUUAGAAAAAUUGCAAUUGGCUCAGAACAGGGAAGCACGGCUGGCCCUUGGAUGUACACAGAGAGCUAAUAUUAAUAAUAUGCAUGUCAAUCUCUCCUGACUGAAAGUGAAGGAGAGAUUGACUUCAUCACUUACAUAUCACUUACAUACUUUUAUUUAUGAGAAGUUUUGACAUGUUGAAUGCACCGAGCUGUCUGUCUACACUACUGGCACACAGCUCGGACACCCAUGCACCCCACAAGACAUGCCACAAGAGGUCUCUUCACAGUCCCCAAGUCCAGAACAGACUAUGGGGAGGCACACAGUACUACAUAGAGCCAUGACUACAUUGGACUCUAUUCCGCAUCAAGUAACUGGCACAAGCAGUAAAAUUAGAUUUAAAAAACAGAUUCAAAAACACCUUAUGGAACAGCGGGGACUGUGAAGCAACACAAACAUUGGCACAGACAUAUACCAACACACACACGAUAACAUGCGCACUAUACGUACAUACACAUGGAUUUAGUACUGUAGAUAUGUGGUAGUGGUGGAGAAGGGGCCUGAGGGCACACAGUGUGUUGUGAAUGUAUUGUAAUGUUUUUAAAAUUGUAUAAACCGCCUUAAUUUUGCUGUACCCCAGGAAGAGUAGCUGCUGCUUUGGCAGCAGCUAAUGGGGAUCCAUAAUAAAUACAAAUACAAAUGGCAACAUAAGAAGUGAAAUGUUAGUACACUGUGCAGUAGCAUGUCUACUGCUCAUGCCUGAACCGAUUAUGAUCCUUUGCAUGUUUGCCUGAGAGUAGUGUAAGUUAAUGUUAACACAGUUGAAUGUAAGUAUGAAUUUUGUUAUUGAGUAGCCUGAAACAAAUAUUAUUGUAUUUGUUUGUGUGUGUGUGUUGUGGGGGCUCAUAGUAAUGGGUGGAAUGGAAUAUAUGGAAAUGAAUCGAGCACAUCAAACACGUGUUUUGCUACCAUUCCAUUCCAGCCAUCAUUAUGAGCCAUCCUCCCGUCAGCAGUCUCCUGUGCACACAACAGCUUAGAAAUGUUCAAGUUUUUUACAUUUCUGUACCCUCAUGUAUAGUGCACCUAUAGCUCAUCAGCAUUAUGAUAGGAAGGUGGGAUUUAUUGAUGUUGCCAUAUCAUAUAGCUACUCGCACCAUUACAUACAGUACAUGCAAUCAUCUAUCAUACCGCCAUACUCCAAACCACCCCUCUACAGCCUAUGUCAUAAACGAACUGCAUACCUGGAGAGAGAAUGUAUUUCAAAAUGUUGUUGAAUAUCACUCUAAAUAAAAAAGGAACCUGCACAUCGCAUGAUAUUUGAUAUGUAAUUGUAUAUCACUUUCCUAAAAAUAGUUUUCCUGUGGCCUAAAAUUUUUAUGAAUUACAAUGUAAUUGGUACAGUUGAAGAUGACCUGUGCUUUGGCUCAUAUAUAAAGUCAAGGCUGUUUUCUACUAACAAGUUGAGUCAGUGUUUUUGUUCUCAAAUGCCGCAACAAAAAAAGUAAUGCUCUGCUGCAUUAUAUGGUGCAUUGGUGCAUUAUAUGUGCAUUGGAAUAUUGUUUUGUUGCAUUUUAGAACAGUAAAGCAGACCUAACUAGCAAGUAGCAAAGACACAGGAAAGCAUACUUUUUUGAAAUGUGAAAAUUCAAUUUGAAUAAAAAAUACUU